CCCCCCCUUCCAGACUACAACUGCCUAUCCUAGUUUUUUCCAUGCCCGGCACCAGAGGAGGUUUUUACGCGCCGGAGUGGGAAGAAUAACAUGAUGUUAAACGAGAUGUGGAGCGUCUCUUUUGUGCGCCGUCUGCUCCCGCGGCUGUGAGUGUGAUGCCGGGUCUGCACCCCGCACAGAUGACCUGAACCGGGCGGAAGAGGCGGAAACAACCACAGCACCUGAUCCAUAAAGAGGAUACUUAUUGAUAACCAUGGCUGACCAGUACACUAUGUUUCUCACCACGGCGCCCCCCCUCCGACGUGGAAGCACACCCUUACCUCUCAAACACCAGCUGCGGAGGGAAGAGGCUGUCUCUGAGGACUGUGAUUGGAUCCCUGGCAGUGAGGAGCCCGUCACGUUGCCCAUCAGUGACACAGCGGUGCCUCGGGAUGAGUCCUUCAGCCAAUCAGCAGUCGCCCAGUCGGCUUUCAACAGCCACAGUGGGGCGUUAAGGAUAGUGCUCCUUGGACAGAAUGGCGUGGGCAAGUCGUCGCUAGCCUUAUCUCUGGCCGGGCAGUCGGACAGAUCCCUGUCUAUAGACUCUGAAACACAAGCAUGUGGAGAGGGAUACGAGUGCUCAGUGACAGUGGACGACGAGGACAGCAAACUCAUAAUUUUCGACAACUGGAAACCGGACCUGUCCACUCUACAGUGCGAUGUGUGUAUUCUGGUCUUCUCAGUGACUGACAGGCGAAGUUUCCACCGCACCGCCCAGCUCCGCCUCCUCCUCAGGGAGUCCCAGCCACACACACCAAUCAUCCUGGUGGGCAAUAAGAGUGACCUUGUCCGCUCCCGUGAAAUCAGCUCAGAGGAGGCCCAAUCCAGCGCCAACAUGUUCGACUCCCUUUACAUGGAGCUCUCAGCCUCCCUGGACCACGGGACCACGGAGCUGUUGGAGGCCGCCGUUCGGUCUGCGAGGGGCGACUGCGUGGGCCCCGGCUGGACCGACGGAGACCCCGGUUCAGCCCGGAGAGAGAGCCUGACCAGCAGGGCCAAGCGCUUCCUGUCGGGGCUGGUACCGCGCUCAUACGGUCGGGACAGGGACCGGGAUCGGGGGCGAUACCGGGAGAUGAGCCGCCACCGGGGCAGCAAGAUCCUCCGACAGAAGUCUCGCUCCUGCCACGACCUCAGUGCACUGUGACCCACACACACACACACACACAAGCCUACACACAGACAACACUCCAAUACAUGCGCACACACCAGAUUAGAGGAGAUGGCAAAGUGUAAAAGAUGGAGGAGUAGAAGAGGAUUAAAUGAAAAAUAUAAGGAAGGAGCAGAUGACUGAAUACAGGGACAAUAAGGAGAUGGAGACUAGUAUUUGUGGGGAACUUGGAGGGGAAAUUGAGCAAUGGUGGUGUAGGAAAGUGGAGAGAAAAUAGGAAAGAAAGUUUGAUAGAUAGAGCCGAAGAUCGUAGCACUAAACCUUUAAUCUUCUUCAUCAGUGAAACCAAUUUUACGAUAAAAAAUAGAGGCCACGUUUGCGAGAAAAAGCAGAUCAAAUGAUAAGGAGGUGAGCUGGAUUUGCAGCUCCAGCUAAGGUGAAUCAGCGAGCACUCAUUACCUGAUGAGAGCAGGAGAGAAACGAUUAGCGACAGCAGAGAGAGUCACAUCAAGAAGCUGAUUGGACACUUACUGUGGCGGACUGGAAGGGGUGGGGGAGGCACAAAUAAACACACAAGUAGCACGCACUGAUUAUGUAGAGACUGAUAGCAAUCCAAUGUAUACCUAUUGUGAAACUUGUUUUAUAGCAUGCCGAGUAGACGAUCUAAGACAUGACCCUGUAGGUUUUACAGUACAGGAUACUGGGUUUACUGUACCUCAGUGGCCAAUAGCUAAUGCACAAUCCAGCUAGUGUCUCUAGCAAUGCCAUCUUAAAGGCAUAACCCUUUAUUUCAUAAGAAAAAAGAAAAAAAAGAAGACCCCUUUCUGCGCAUUUUUCUAGCCACAAUCGUUACACUGCAUCCAUCUUUUGUGUCCCGUACCGAUUUUGAAGUGUUUGAUGAUUCCAAUGGCAUACAUUCAUCUGUGAUUUUUAUACAAGGAUAAAAACAUCAGCGGCCAAGCCAUAUUUCCGCUGGAUGCACCAUGAGCGAUCAGCACAAAGAACCCUUUACCCAAGGAAGUGGAGCGAAAGAAAAAAGGUCAGAAUAAGCGGCGUUGACCAGACAGAACUUUUCUUCAAUAGCCGCUGAGUCACUGAACGCUGGGAUGUUCUUGAAGUAAGUCAGACAAGAGACAACCUAAUCUACCUGUGGCUGUUCGAUGUUUUUCCUUUUUCUCUUUCUACCCACUGGCAUUAUUAUGAGUGUUGAGAUUGUAUUAUGUGGGGGCUGGCCACACAGGUGACCAACAAGGGAAUGUUCUGGAAACGUUUGGAUAACUCGUCAAGCGUGGCAGCGUCACUGACACAUGCUCACCGCUUGUCACAGUCAACUAGGCACUCUUGUCUUUCCACUGAAAAUAAAUUAAUUUUUGUUUGACAUCCUAA